CGCAACGAUGGAGAGAGAUCGCGCAAGAGUGACGGAGAGAGAUCGCGCAAACAUGGAGAGAGUCCGUGAUGGAGAAAGAUGGCGCAGGAUAUGGCCCAACUAUGCGAUGGCCGCGCGAUGAUAGCGAUGGCCAGCGUUGCGAUGGCAGGGAUAGCGAUGGAGAGAGAUGCCACGACAAUGGAAUGGAUAACGAUGGCCAGCGCUGCGAUGGUACAGAUAGCGAUGGCGAGCGCUGCGAUGGUGGCGAUAGCAAUAGCGAUUGUCAGCGCUGCGAUGGAGGAUAUACUUGUGCGCAGCGAUGGUGAUGAGCUAAGCGCAUCGAUGGCUGUGCCGAUGGCGAGCGCGGGAAUGGAUGCGAUUCCGUUCGCAAGCGCAGCGUUGGUUCAAAAUGAAGAGAUUGCGGAUGUUCGCUAUCCAACGCCGUUGACAUUUGCAAAAUGUCACAAUGUCUGCCAGACCAUAUUUUGUCGGUUUCCUGUGCUGACCUUGGCACGUAACGAACCGCCGCACUGGGUUUUCGGGAGCGUUGGGAAUUGUGCCUCGGUGCACAACGGACCGUCACACCUGGCGUCGGCGCGCAACGAACGGCUGCGCUGUGAUUACUGCGCUUGACCUCAGGGGGGUAACGAAGCUCCACUUUGUACG